AUGACGAGCCCGAAAACGCGUCCAUCCUGUACGCCAUACCGUUCGGAGUUCCGGACCUCAUCGAGCAUAUCCCAAGAAUAUUUUGUUCCAGUCGAUACACCACCAAGGUCGUAUGGUUUUCAGUCUCCCGGUAUUUUAGCCUUACGUCUUGACCGGCCAAAUGGAAGAAUAAAGACUUCAAAAGGCAUCAAUGACAAAGUAGCUGACGGCGCCACUCUAAACUCGACAAUGUAUGGGAACUAUACUUUCGAAGUGCUUGGUCCUAGAAUCUCGGGGAUUGUCACUGCAAUUGUCAUCAUCGCACCCGAAGGCGAUGAGAUCGACAUAGAGCUCCUCGGAGGCGAUCCGCACUGCUGGCAGUCAAACGUCUUCGUUCCUCAUCCUUCCGACAAAGAACCUCUUUACGGCGUCUUCGCCGGGCGACAUUGUUACAAACCCUCGUCAAGAUCCCACUCAGCCUCCACUGACACCGUCGACUCCUACCAUCUCUACACUGUGGAUUGGAACCCGGAGAAGAUCAUUUGGGGCGUCGAUGGAAUCCACGUUCGAACUCUGCGAAGAGAAGACACCAUUAAAAAUGGGGUAUAUCAUUUCCCCUCGAAUCCAGCGAGAAUACAGCUCGGUAUCUGGGAUGCAAGCUUUCCUUCAGGGACGUCAGCAUGGGCAAGAGGGCCAGUGAAUUGGAGAACUGCCCCAGCUUCGAUGUCUGCUUUCGCGAGGAGCGUACGCAUUGAAUGCUAAGUCGCUGCCUUACCCCCACACUCGAU